GUUGUGAACAAACCCGAGGCUAAGGAUCAUCGCGUGACAGUGGAUGUACGGGGGGCAAAUGCCUGUGUCGAGUCUGUUGUGUGGCCGAUGCCUAUUCUCGAGGCCGCAUUUGAACAGCUCCGAGGCUCGUCACAGUACUUCUCUCUAGACUUCUUCAAGGGGUUCUGGCAACUUGCGAUGGCUCUACUUUGCCAGGAGAUCUACUCUAUUCUCACGGAAGAAGGAGUGAUCACACCGACUCGCGUGCUGAUGGGAGGGGCCAACAGC